AUCAGGUUCUACAACAGUAUGAAUUUCAGAAAUCGAACAGUUGUCUCAGAAUUCCUCCUGCUGGGAAUGACAGAUGACCCAGAGUUGCAGCCCCUCAUCUUCAGCCUCUUCCUGUUCAUGUACAUGAUCACCUUUCUGGGAAACCUGCUCAUAAUCCUGGUUGUGAGAUCUGACUCUAACCUCCACACCCCCAUGUAUUUCUUUCUCACCAUUCUGUCAUUUAAUGAUAUCUGUUUAAGCACAACCACGGUCCCAAAGAUGCUGGUGAACAUCCAAAUUGAGAGUCAUAGUAUCACAUACACAGGGUGCUUGUCCCAGCUCUGCUUUUUCUUGGUUUUUAGUGGCUUGGAAAAUUGUCUUCUUGCGGUAAUGGCCUAUGACCGCUAUGUGGCUAUUUGUCACCCUCUAAGGUACACAAUCAUCAUGAAUCCCCGCCUCUCUGUCUUGCUGGUUCUAUUCUCCCUGCUCAUUAGCUCUGUGCAUGCCCUGCUCCACAGUCUGAUGGCACUCCGGCUGUCCUUCUGUACAGACCUGGAAAUCCCUCAUUUCUUCUGUGAACUUGCUCAAGUUAUUAAAAUCACCUGUUCUGAUGCCCUCCUCAAUAACCUCCUGGUAUAUUUGGUGGCUGGCCUAUUUGCUAGUACUCCUCUUUCUGGAAUCAUUUUUUCUUAUAUUUACAUCAUAUCUUCUGUCUUGAGAAUGCCAUCAUUUGGUGGAAAGUAUAAAGCCUUUUCCACUUGUGGGUCUCAUCUAUCUGUUGUCUCCUUGUUCUAUGGAACUGGUUUUGGGGUGUACAUCAGCUCUGCAGUUACAGAAUCAGUUAAGAGAGCCCCAGUGGCUCCAGUAAUGUAUUCUGUGGUCACUCAGAUGCUUAACCCCUUUAUCUAUAGUCUAAGGAAUAGGGACAUGAGCAAUGCUUUGAGGAAACUUGUCAGUAAGAUAACUUGUGUUGUAGGAUGA